AUGGCGGCCACAAGCAACGACCUUACUCAUGGCAAGCAGCAGCAACCUGCAUCACCCAAACCCAAUCUAAACACGAGAGACUCCCUGGGCGUGAUCUUUGAGAAGAUCUGGGCUAAACUUCUGGCCUACACACGACCAGCCGCAGCCAAACCUCUCCCUGACCCACCUACAGCACAAACCAGCAGCACCAAGGGGACUGGGAAGCCUCUUAUGGGCGCUAAAAUGAUCCAAUCCUCUGUAAUCCGCAUAAAACGCCUACCUGGACAGAGGGGACUCACCCGCAGGUACCGGCCACACAAGCGGAGGGCCAUAGGAAGAACACGGAGACGCACGCCUGACAUAUGCAAGGCCCAACGCACCCCCUCGCCGGGGGAGACCCUGGACCUGGAAGGACCCCAGGCUUGUGGCCUGAAGGUACCAGCCCUCGCAUUGGUCUGCGGCCGAGGAGGCACCACGUCCACAAGGGGCUGCACAGCUGACCGCUGA